GCGCGGCGGAACCCGGGUGCAGACGCCAGGCGGCCGCCGGCGCUCACGGCGCUAGAGCUCCCACCCCCGAGCGCGCACCGCCCGCCUCCUUCUGUGGCUCCUCCGGCCGCGGGCUCCCCGUCCUCCGGGAGACGUGCAGCGGGCCCCGCCACCGGGCACCGCGAGGCCGAGGCCAGCCCCUGCACCGGGAGCGAGCCCUUCUCUGCCUGGCGACCCAUGAGCGCUCCUUUCUCCCGGGACUGAGACGCCGGCUUCAUCGCCUCCCCGCCUGUGACCGAGACAGGAACCCAGCGGUUGUGCGCGGAGGCGUCUCCACUGCUGGAGUGGAAACAAAAUGUCAGUCAGUGUGCAUGAGAACCGCAAGUCCAGGGCCAGCAGCGGCUCCAUUAACAUCUAUCUGUUUCAUAAGUCUUCCUAUGCCGACAGCGUCCUCACGCAUUUGAAUCUUUUAAGGCAGCAGUGUCUCUUCACAGAUGUCCUCCUCCAUGCCGGAAAUAGGACCUUCCCUUGCCACCGGGCGGUGCUGGCUGCGUGCAGCCGCUACUUUGAAGCCAUGUUCAGUGGUGGCUUGAAAGAGAGCCAGGACAGUGAAGUCAACUUUGACAAUUCCAUACACCCAGAAGUCUUAGAGCUGCUCCUUGACUACGCAUACUCCUCCCGGGUCAUCAUCAAUGAAGAAAAUGCAGAAUCGCUCCUGGAAGCUGGUGACAUGCUGGAGUUUCAAGACAUCCGGGAUGCAUGUGCAGAAUUCCUAGAAAAGAACCUGCAUCCCACCAACUGCCUAGGUAUGCUGCUGCUGUCCGAUGCGCACCAGUGCACCAAGCUGUACGAACUGUCCUGGAGAAUGUGUCUCAGCAACUUCCAAACCAUCAGGAAGAACGAAGAUUUCCUCCAGCUGCCACAGGACAUGGUUGUGCAGCUCCUGUCCAGUGAAGAGCUGGAGACAGAAGAUGAAAGACUUGUAUAUGAAUCUGCAAUUAACUGGAUCAGUUACGACCUGAAGAAGCGCUACUGCUACCUCCCAGAACUGUUGCAGACAGUGAGGCUGGCACUCCUACCUGCCAUCUAUCUCAUGGAGAAGGUGGCCAUGGAGGAACUUAUCACCAAACAGAGAAAGAGUAAGGAGAUCGUGGAAGAGGCCAUCCGGUGCAAACUGAAAAUCCUGCAGAAUGACGGUGUGGUGACCAGCCUUUGUGCCCGGCCUCGGAAAACUGGCCAUGCCCUCUUCCUCUUGGGAGGACAGACUUUCAUGUGUGACAAGCUGUAUCUGGUGGACCAGAAGGCCAAAGAAAUCAUUCCCAAGGCUGACAUUCCCAGCCCAAGAAAAGAGUUCAGUGCAUGUGCCAUUGGCUGCAAAGUGUAUAUUACUGGGGGCCGUGGGUCUGAAAAUGGAGUCUCAAAAGAUGUCUGGGUCUAUGAUACCCUGCAUGAGGAGUGGUCCAAAGCUGCCCCCAUGCUGGUGGCCAGGUUUGGCCAUGGCUCUGCUGAACUGAAGCACUGCCUGUAUGUGGUUGGGGGGCACACAGCCGCAACUGGCUGUCUCCCGGCCUCGCCCUCUGUCUCUCUAAAGCAAGUGGAACAUUAUGACCCCACAACCAACAAAUGGACCAUGGUGGCCCCACUUCGAGAGGGCGUUAGCAAUGCUGCAGUAGUGAGUGCCAAACUCAAGUUGUUUGCUUUCGGAGGUACCAGCGUCAGUCAUGACAAGCUCCCCAAGGUUCAGUGUUAUGAUCAAUGUGAAAACAGGUGGACAGUACCUGCCACCUGUCCCCAGCCCUGGCGUUACACAGCAGCAGCUGUGCUGGGGAACCAGAUCUUUAUUAUGGGGGGAGAUACAGAGUUCUCUGCCUGCUCUGCUUAUAAAUUCAACAGUGAAACUUACCAGUGGACCAAGGUGGGAGACGUGACAGCAAAGCGCAUGAGCUGCCAUGCUGUGGCCUCCGGAAACAAACUAUAUGUGGUUGGAGGAUACUUUGGCAUCCAGAGAUGCAAGACUUUGGACUGUUAUGACCCAACUUUAGACGCGUGGAACAGCAUCACCACGGUCCCAUACUCACUGAUUCCCACUGCAUUUGUCAGCACCUGGAAACAUCUGCCCUCCUAAACAUAGUCCAUUUUAAAGACAGAAAGCAUGAGCUCCCUCUAUCACUCAGUGAGAUAGUUCAAGAUUUCUACUUUGGAGAGGCCAAGUAUAAUGAAGUGAAAAAAAGAAGCAGUGUUUCUGCGAGCCGCAACAUCCAGUGCACCUUGUCAGUGUCCCACGUGGACAUGAAGAAGGAAAGGGUGAGGGGGGGGGUGGGAUUUUCCCUGAGAGUAGCACAUAGUUUAAAUAUGAAUGGAUGAACCUGUGAUCUUGUAAUUGUGGAUUAAUGUCAGCGUUAAUCAGCUCCUCAGAGAGAGAAAAGCUGGACCUUUUCCCUUCCUGUACCACAUUGAGCAUUUGAUUUCCAUGGGCUCCACCAUUUAUGUGUAAAAUUUGAAAUGGUUGUCAACUGUCUCUGAGGAGCGAGCUUGAAGCCUUUACACCAGCUGCUGUUGGAGAUUCAAAGCCAGAGUGUGGGUCAGGAGGGACGCUGGCUAGGCUGGCUGAAAAUGAGUGCUGUGCUCUCCCUGAUUACAAAGGGGUGGGUUGCGCCUCCCAGGAACGACUGAACAAUGAGAACAUUAUUGUAGUUAACCAUUGGGUAGUAGAUGUGCUUUUCUAUUUAUAAGUGACUUUAAACUUUCCCUUGGCUGUUAAGAAAUUUGUUAUAGAUUUAGCUAUUUAUUGUUCAAUGCCUGCAUGCUGAAACAAUGCUUACGGUUGUCUUCACGUGUACGGACGUGUGUGAACGUUUGUAUGUUUUGCACAUUCUGUAGCUAUUGGUGUGCUUUGCUGCACAAAAUGAAAACUUUUGAGUUACAAUUUGGAGUAUAACUGGAGGGCGGGUGGGGUGGGGUGGGUAUUUCAAUUGUCAGGACAGAGAAAGUAUACAAAACAGAAAAUGAAAACUACAUCCCAGAGGUACAGAAACCAUGGAGGUCACUUUUCUUAGACACCCACCUUGUAACGGGGUUUCAUGGGGCUGGUCACGCUGAUGGCUGGUGGGAUGAAAGCAGAAUUCCUCUUUCUGCCCUCUCCUUCCCAUCUGCUACCUAACUUCAGUCUCCGCUGCUGAAAUUUGGAAAGGACCAAAUCGCUUUACAUUUUUUUUUCUUUGUAGAAUAUCCUGAAAUCCUGGAAAAUCCUAUGGACUAAUUCUGUAUAUAGGGCAGAGAUAAAGAUGUCCAAAGUUUAUUUAUUUAUCUAUUUAUUACCCUACGAGAAGGCUUUGCCGUAACUACACUUGAUGAGAGAAGCGAAAAUGUCACAGGUCCAAAUUAAUUUACCGACCACAUUCGCCUGACUUGUUCUCUUGUUCUCUGUUCUUGCUGUCGGAUUGAGCAAGUGCUACAAGUUCUUUAGGAAAACACAUUGGUACAAGAUACACUCUAGUCAUUCACCUUUAGGUAAAUGUUGGGAAAACUCUUUGGUAUACAAAAGUGACACAAUUCGUCAUAAAACACCAAAGAAAUCCAAGCAGUGGCCCAGUGGAGAGGUUUUCUGGCCCAGUCGGGAACCAGUUGUGAAUACAUUCUUUGCUCUGUGGAGUGCUUAUUGACUGACUGUGCUGUGGUAGGUGUUAGUGCUAGACUCGAGUAGGUGCUUCCUUCCACAGAGCUUUCUGGGAAAGACUAGAGUUUGCAAGUUGAUCUGCUUUUGUCCAUGUUUCUCACAUUGCUGUAUCUUAGAAAAUAGUUUCAAGACUGAUAACCUUUGAUGUCGUGUUUGCAUUGUCUGAUGACAGAUAAAUCCUUAACAUUUCCCUCCACUUUAUUACUUACAAUGUAUAUGUCCAUCCAUGCCAUGCUAAGUGGGCUGUAGUUGGACCAAAUUAAGUAAGUGAGCCGUUGGAAUAAAAGGGAAUGAAAGAAUCCCAGUACUUUCCAGCAGUGAGGCCCUGGAUGUGUUUUAAGCAAUGCAAAUGUCUAAUUGUCUCCUGGCUGCGUAGUCAGUGUCAUUACAUUGUAGCAGUUGCCGCUCUAGUUUAUGAUGCAAAUCUGUCAAGAGAUGUAUGUGUCACCGCAUGGAUCUGAAAGGAAGAAUUUUCUGCAGCUGUUUCAAAGUUGUGGUCUGUCCUUGAAUCCUCUAUUAAUUACUGUGUAUGAGUCGGAUGGAGCCGCUGAAAGGGUGGGCCCCCAGCCUGCAGGAAACUUUCUGGGCUCCUAGUCUUUGAACUGAUGUAGGCAUUUGGGCUUGCUACUUGACCAUUCACACCCUGUGAAAAAGUCCCGCACUUUGAAGCAAAUACAAUUCACAGCACAGUACACACAAAACCCUUGGCAUAAGACAGCGAAGGUUCUUCUUAUUUUGUGGGCUGGUUGCUGUAGAAACGGAUAACAAAGGGCAGCCUUCCACUUCUGGUAUAAUUGUGUAGCUCCCUUUCUCUGGGCUUGACACCUGUCUGAAUAAGAGUGAUUAGAGCUGCGUAAUAUCCCCCUCGUGGCUAUUGAAUAUGUGACUCACGUACAAAACUGUGUAAGUUAGUAAAAUGUUCAUGUUCUUAUGUACUUGUUUGCUACUACUACAUUUUUGAGGUUUUGUAAAACAUUUUUUUUUCACAAUGUGAAACUGAAGGUCAAUAAAUUAUUAUAGAGAUUUUCUCUUCAUUGUGUGUGGGGGGGUCUUGUCUUUAUUGGAAUGCAGUGUAACUUCAGGCUUUGAAAACUUGAGCCUUUCUCUUUUCAUCAAAAAGGGUCAUUUUAUAUAUUUUUCUGAAUGUACUUUAUUUCACUGUUUUGUCACAUGUAUUUAUUAAAGUCUUGCACAUUAAAUAAAACUUUCAGCCCAAAUGA